AUGCCUAAGGCCGCAUCCACCCGCAAGGCUCCUGAGAAGCGCGUCCAGCGCCGCAAGAAGGACCCCAACGCCCCCAAGCGUGGUCUCUCUGCUUACAUGUUCUUCGCCAACGACAACCGCGACAAGGUUCGCGAGGAGAACCCCGGUAUCAGCUUCGGUCAGGUCGGCAAGCAGCUUGGUGACAAGUGGAAGGCCCUGAGCGAGACCGAUCGCAAGCCUUACGAUGCCAAGGCUGCCGCUGACAAGAAGCGCUAUGAAGAGGAGAAGGCUGCCUACCUCGCCAAGGCUGAGGAGGAAGAAGAGGAGGAGUCCUCUUAA